AUGGGUCACAAACGUGAAACCAUAUCUGGUGAUGAAAAGUUAACCGAAACGAUUGUAAUCAGUAACAAAUCACCGCCUGAGCAUAAGGCUGAAGCGAUAAUUUUCCUGAAGAAACACCUCGAUGAGAAUGUCACUCAUGACUAUGCGAGCAUAGAAGACCCAGCUGAACUGUGGCAAGCUUUAAAAGAAAGGUUCGGUAACCAGAGAGAAGUCAACCUCCCUCACUCUCUAGAAGUUGAAAGGAUGAAUAAAACGUACAACACUUUCCACAAACAUCUUCACUUCCUGCCCGAAAUUUACAGAAAAUGCAGGUACUCGAGAUUUUCUGAAUUAAUGGUUGCGCUCAUGUUGCCUGAAAAGAACAAUGAGCUCAUGAUCAAAAACCACAAUUCCCGACCUACGGGAGCCAAACCAUUUCCGGAAGUAAAUGCUACGGCGGUAGAAAAAUCGGAAAGGAGAAACCAGACCAACCGAGAUCGUGGUCGCCGUUUCAACAACAAACUUUGGAAAACUUACAAUCCCAGAUUCAAGGGAUCUAACAAGUGGGUUAGAUCCAAACAAGUUUCUAAGGGUAAAGAAACUCAAGAGGAUACCACCCAGAAGCGUGAGACAGUGUGUUACAGAUGUGGCUGUAAAGGACAUAUCAAAGUGGAGAUAUCAAAGUGGAGAGGCUGUUUGAUCAUCUGGUAA